GACAUCUCUGCGUCAGCAUCUAUCUAUUUUUUUAGAUACCACCUCCAAGAUGUGAUAGUAGGCAAAAUCUACUUCGUUCUCGUUCGAAUCAAGAUUAAACAUAUGGAAAUUACCAUAAUAAAAUCUGAGACUGUUGGAUCCGGACCGAAUGCUGCCAAGGAAACAGAUCCAGUGGCAAAGUUUGAGAUUAUGGAUGGUGCACCUGUAAGAGGUGAAUCCAUCCCAAUACGUCUUUUUCUCGCUGGACAUGAUCUUGCACCUACAAUGCGCGAUGUUAGCAAGAAAUUCUCCGUCAGAUAUCUUUUGAAUCUUGUUUUAGUUGAUGAGGAGGAUCGGCGGUACUUCAAGCAACAGGCUGGGGUCUCUUUUCCUUUUUAA